UCUGGUCAAAACUGAUUUGUUUACACUACUGAGGACAGUGUAUCGACUCUGUGGUAAUAGUGGUAGCUGAUGAUGGUACUUAUUGAAUUUGUAAUUAGCUUGGUUAGUGUGCGAUGUGUUAUAUGAGAAGUAUAAGAGGAAGAGGAAAAACACGGGAUUUUUUACAUCAUUUUUGUCCCUGUCUUUUUUUUUGUGAAAGAUGCAAGUAACAUGUUCCGCUUAAUUUUUUUGUACGUGUUAAAACUUCUACUGGGAUGUUUAAGAUUAUUAAAUAGAACUAACAGUGACAAGAACAGCGACAAUUUUCACGACAAAUUUCACGACAAUAGCAAAAACGACGUCGGCGACGGUAGCAAGGUCAACAACAAAAACCAUAUCCCAAGAUGGGAUUCACACACAAUUCAUUGUAUCUUAUACUAUUAAUACUAUUAAUUACCACGCGUUUAUCAACACAAACUGAAAGUCCCGCAGACAUAGCAACGAGAAGACAAAUAUGUCAAUUACAAGGCUACGAGCUUAACGUCACUAUCCAUGGCUGCAAAGCAACGACGCUUCAAAUGAGCACGUGCUUAGGAGCAUGCAUAUCGCUGCAUUCGCCCCAUGUUGGCCAUGUAGAAGGGGAAUCAUUGACAUUAAAGGAGAUAACAACAUGCUGCAAAGUGACAGAAGCAGCCGAGGUCACACUUGCUUUGGAUUGUGUUAAAGAAGGAGUUAUGUAUAAACAUCAUCAUAAAGUUAAAAGUGCUUCAGCAUGUGGCUGUAAACGUUGUGGUUUCUGACUAUAACCUUUAUUUAUAUUUAUUGCCCUAAACUGGCUAUAAAAGCUUACAGAUGUUUUCCACUCGAGUGCUGCGCGUAUUAUAUUUUCAUCAGCGUGCAUUAAACGACUUUCGUGUAAGACACGUAAUCGACAUUUCGCAGACCCUUAUUAAGUCCGCAAGAAAACAAAAAUUACAAUGUAAAAUGAUAAUAAAAUAAUAAUAAUAAUAAUAAUUGUAUUUAUUUCUUAACAUUAGAAUAUCAUAAAUGUGAAAUGAGACAUCUAUUAUGUCCGUAUUCAAGCAA